AUGAGCAUGGCUAAUCAUGUGUAUGGACAAGAAUGGACUAGUCUAGGACAAGUCCUAUGCCAUUUUUCUUGGCCUUGUAAUUAUGUUUGCUCGAGGGGUAAACCCAAUGGCGAUCCAGUGUACAACCAGCUGAUUGUCCAUGAAUGUCUGUGGCUGUCCUUGGCUGCAUUUUUAGCUGGCCAUAGCUGUCCAUCAGUAAAUAGAUUUGGCAACAUCGUAAAAAGGAGGCGGCCUGGAAAACUACAACGACUUCCCAUAAAUGUUUACAAAUCCGCUAUAUCUGACGAACACAAUCAAGCCUAUAAGGAGUUUUCGGAAGCAAUAACGGAAACCGAGAGAAUUCUAAUGAGAUCUAACAAACGAAUGGAAAUUCGUGGAAAAAGAGGCAGAGGUGUUCCAGUUCUUAUAAGCAAGGAUGAAAUUUUCUUUAUUGGUGCCCGCCACCAAUUCUACUCGGCUGUCAUAUGA